ACUGAGCCACCCAGGCACCCCAAUGAAUUUUUUAAUACAAUUGAUCAUCUCUUCUGGGACUUAGCCCAGGACCAUCUAUAGACCUAGUAAUCCAGUAUUUGCAUUUCACUUUAUUUGUGAGACAUAACAUGGGCCAAUAUGUAUGCAUACAUAGGUUAGUAUACAUACAUAUUUUCCAGCUAUGUCUGCCGAGAGGGCUUAGAAAUAUUCUACCCUCCCCUAUUAUGUAUUGGGCUUAGAAAUAUUAAUACCCUGGUAGUAACAAGCACACCCAGUGCCUAGACCUUGGUGUCUAAAUACCAGUCCCCAAUAAAAAGAACCAGGAUUCCUUGAAGAAGUAGCUGUACAGAGUGUAAAGGAAACCCUAUGCUACACCUGUGUGUUUCUCUUUUACUCUGACAUUACUACCACACUUACACUUCUGACACUUCUGGUCUCCAACUUUGUGGUUUUUUCCAGCAAGCAAUUUUCUGUGACAUCCCAGCAAUUUCUUAAUCCUGACACCACCUGAGAUGGCAUCAGAUCUCAUAGGCUGAGUUCAGUUCCACAAGACUAUCUCCCACUUCAGAUGCCCAUCACAAGUCCAGUCAAAACAAGUGAAGUAGAGUGUCUCCUAAGACUUUUUCACAGCUUGGUGGAAAGAGCUAAUGUAAGACUUAAUAAUUCUGGACUAGAUCGUAAUGCUUUUCGAGCGAUCCUGCACAGCAUAUUUGGAAUGACUGAUGAUAUGCUAAUGAAUAGGGUAUUUUUUGCAUUUGACAAAGACAAUGAUAACUGCAUAAAGGCGAAAGAGUGGGUUAAAGGAUUAUCAGUGUUUCUUCGAGGGACUUUUGAAGAAAAGCUUAAGUUCUGUUUUGAAGUUUACUAUUUGAAUGGUGACGGUUACAUUUCUCGAGAAGAGAUAUUUGACAUGUUGAAGAACAGUCUAUGCCAACAGUCAUCUGAAGAAGAGAGUGAUGAAGGAAUAAAAGAGUUGGUAGAUAUAACACUGAAGAAAAUGGAUUAUGACAACGAUGGCAAAAUAUCUUUUGCAGACUUUGAAAAAGCAGUAAAAGAAGAGAGACUUUUGUUGGAGGUGUUUGGACCAUGUUUACCAGAAGCAAAGCUGUGUUGUCCUAGGCAUAAAUCUGUCCACUGCCUCUGAAGAAGUAACAGCCUUCUGUGCACCAGGGCAAGCCAACGAAUUUUUAAAAGGUUUCAUUUGUAUCUUCUGCGAAGAGUCAUUGUACAUACAAUGUUCCACUGUUUCAGCAUGGUUUCUACCAUCCCGAGAGAAGUUUGAUUCCCUGUCCAUAUGCUCCCCUGAUGAACAUGCACAUUUUGAGGAAAAAUAACAUAAAGGCAAUUCACAAGAAUAAGGAAGACAAGGAUCUGAGUUGCCAGUAGAAGUGUUCUGCGUGGUUGCACAAAAUCCAGAUGUCCCUGAAUGGAAGUCCUGUCUAAAAUCUUUUGUGUCUUUAAGCUCUGUAACCAUUUUCUUCUUUGUCAUGUAAUGAUCUUUAUAUUACAAUUUAAAAGGUGAGAGAAGAGGAAAAAAAAAUAGUUCAUUUAUUGUUUCCAUCAUUCAGAAAUGUGUAAUUUUAAGAACAAACAUUACUUUAAAACGUUAACAAAUGCUACCCUCAAAAAUUUAUUUCUUGAGCUGGCAAUACCUUCAUGUGUUUAAAAGCUAAAAAGGAUAAAGGGUUUAUUAGUGUCAGGCUUUGCUUUCUUUGCUCCCCAUAUGCCUGGUUUCCACUCCUCCAUAAGUAAUCCCUACUUUCUUAUUUAUCUGCCCAGUAUGUCUUACUUUUCCUCCUCCCACCUACUCCUCUUUUUCUCCCAUAAUAUCCAUUUCUCUGUGCCUUUGCGUUUUCCACUUAACUGUAGAUCUUACAGGCUUUUUUCUAGGUCAUUACAUUAAAUGCUUUUUUUUUUU